UCCUGAGGCAGAGUGAAAAAGUCACAAUCGAAAGAGAAAGCCAAGUUCAACCUCAAGCACAGGAAAAACUUUCGUUGACCAACGUUGUGUGUGGCUACGUGUCCAUGUCGAGGGAAGGCAAUUGAAGUCGUCAAAUUGCCCAGAGUUCAAUAAAGUCAACUCCAAGGAACGACGUGGGGCAUUUGGCAUGUCCGGCGUCCCAAAAUUUCCGAGGCCUUUUAUUACUCAAGCCUGCGUUUUUGUCCUACCUAAUGAAGACCAUCUUCUUCUUCUUCUUCUUCCUGUUGUCACUCUGAUCCGGUUCUUUUCCCGGUGAAAUUCGUGGUUCAUCAGUUAUGAAGUUCCAGGUUUUGUUUCCGAGCUGCUUUUCAGCGUCCAAUGCCGUCGUCGAUGGAAGCAUGGAUGGAAUAGAUGGAUUAACACCCCAGGGUUUCCGAGUGUUCUCUUACAAGGAAAUGAAGGCCGCCACUAAGGAGUUUCACCCUUCGAACAAGAUCGGAGAAGGCGGCUUUGGAUCUGUGUUCAAGGGCUGGCUUCAAGACGGCACCCCUGUGGCAAUAAAAGUGCUCUCUGUCGAGCUCGAGUCGAUGCGAGGCGAGCGGGAGUUCAUCUCGGAGAUCACGGCUCUCUCUCACAUCAAACAUGAAAAUCUGGUCAGCCUUCGAGGGUGUUGCAUCGAAGGAGCCUAUCGGUUCUUGGUCUAUGAUCACAUGGAAAAAAACAGCGUUGCACACACCAUACUAGGUGAAGAUCAGAAGAGGAUGAGAUUCAAUUGGGAGGCGAGGCGGAAAAUCAUGCUUGGGAUAGCACGUGGGCUCAUGUAUCUGCACGAAGAGGUGGAACCUCACAUUGUGCACAGAGAUGUCAAGGCGAGCAACAUACUUCUGGAUCGAUAUUUCACUCCAAAAGUUUCUGACUUUGGUCUGUCUAAGAUUCUCAGAGGAAAUAUUACUCACAUUAGCACUCGUGUCGCCGGGACAUUAGGUUAUCUUGCUCCUGAAUAUGCCAUCAGUGGCCGCUUGACAAGGAAAUCGGAUGUCUAUAGCUUUGGGGUGUUGCUGCUGGAAAUAAUCAGCGGCCGACCGGUCUUGGCCUUCGACAUGGAGCUCGGAGAACAGCACCUUGUUCAAAAGGCAUGGGAGGCGCACACGGAAGACGAGCUGCAGAAAAUAGUGGACCCGGUUUUAGGUGUGAACGGCUACCCGGGACAGGAGCCCGUCAGAUUCAUCAAGGUGGGCCUACUCUGCGUCCAGGAAGCAGCCAAGUCCCGGCCCAGGAUGUCGACGGCGGUUAAGAUGCUGACCGGCGAGGUCGACAUCGACCACGUCAAGAUCACAGAGCCGGGGCACAUCACGGACUUCACGGACAUUCGCAUCGGUUCUAACAAGUCCUCGAAGCGGAGCCUUUUCUCCAAGGAUUCGGAUUCCUCCGGGACCCCGACAGGACCCCCCCAAAAUCGGUGGCGUUUUGAGUAGCGUUUAGGUUGUGUUAGGAUGUUGUCGAUGUUCGGAUAAGGACGACCGAGGAUUUGUCCUAAGAUAAAAUCAUUCGAAAUCCAGGGAAAACUGCAAAAAAGAG